AAGUCAUAUCCGCGGGGCGGAUUCAGGAGCAGCUUCGGUGCUUUAUGACAGUUUGGUACAACUUCGGGCAAACAAUUGUGUAACAAGUCGUAGCAGAAGUCCCCGAACAGCCAUGGACGAAGUGACGGGAGCUCAGCUCAUUGCUGAGUCGCUCAAGGCUCAGAAAGUGGAGUACAUGUUCGGGAUAGUCGGUGUUCCUAUCAUAGAGGUGGCCAUGGCAGCUCAGGCCGCAGGGAUCAAAUACGUGGGAAUGCGCAACGAACAAGCGGCGGCCUAUGCAGCGUCCGCCGUCGGAUACCUCACCGGGAGACCAGGUUCCUGCCUGGUGGUGUCUGGACCUGGACUCAUACACGCUCUGGGUGGAAUGGCCAACGCCAACAUGAACUGCUGGCCAGUGGUUGUUAUUGGAGGCUCCUCGGAUCAGAACCAGGAAACAACAGGAGCCUUUCAGGAGUUUCCUCAGGUGGAAGCAUGUCGCCUCUACAGCAAGUUUUCUGCCCGGCUCAGCAGUCUGGAAUUCAUCCCUUCAGUGAUAGAGAAGGCAGUUCGCACCAGCAUGUAUGGUCGUCCGGGUGCUUGUUACGUGGAUAUUGCCGGGGACAUGGUCAAUGCUAAAGUGGAUAGGAGCAAAGUCAGAGUUGUGUCCUGCUGUCCGAGUCCACCCGUGAGUUUGGCUCACCAUGACGCAAUCACUGAAGCCAUAUCUGCCUUGAAAGCUGCUAAAAGACCCUUAGUCAUCAUUGGCAAAGGAGCAGCCUAUGGCCGAGCAGAAACGGCCCUGAGGGAGCUGGUGGAAACGGUUGGUCUCCCGUUCCUGCCCACCCCCAUGGGGAAAGGGGUCCUACCUGACAAUCACCCCAACUGUGUGGCUGCUGCUCGCUCAAGAGCUCUUCUGCAGGCUGACGUUGUGCUUCUUCUUGGAGCCCGGCUGAAUUGGAUUCUACAUUUCGGUCUGCCCCCGAGGUUUGACCCCAAUGUCAAGAUCAUCCAGGUUGACCUCUGUGCUGAGGAGAUGGGGAACAAUGUGAGCCCUGCUGUUGCUCUCCUGGGAGACAUCAACGCUAUUGUCGUUCAGCUGCUGGAUGUCUUUCAUAAAGAUGGCUGGAAAUAUCCCUCUGACACUGAGUGGUGGAGCACACUGCAGGACAAAAUUGUUGCUAAUGCAAAAAUAUCAAAGGCGUUCGCUCUUCAGUCGACGGUGCCCAUGAACUACUACACGGUGUUUCAUCACGUCUCCCAGCUGUUGCCGGAUGACUGCAUCAUCGUCAGCGAGGGUGCAAACACUAUGGACAUAGGACGCACUAUGUUGAACAACUACCUACCUCGACACAGGUUGGACGCCGGUACGUUUGGGACAAUGGGAGUUGGCCUCGGCUUUGCUAUCGCAGCAGCGUCUGUGGUGAGGAGCGAGCGAUCAGACCAAAGGAUAGUCUGUGUGGAAGGAGACAGUGCCUUUGGAUUUUCUGGCAUGGAGGUUGAAACAAUGUGCAGGUAUAAUCUACCUGUGGUCAUCAUUGUGGUCAAUAACAAUGGAAUUUACAGCGGAGUGGAUCCUGAAACAUGGAAAGAGAUGGCAAAAAUGGGAGAUCUGACCUCUGUUGCCCCUCCUGUGUCACUCCUACCCGAGGCACGCUAUGACGAGGUCAUGACAGCGUUCGGGGGUCGAGGGUUCCUGGUGAGGACAGUGGAGGAGCUGCGCAGUGCUUUACAGCUGAGCCUGAGUGACUGGGAGAAACCAAGUCUCCUAAAUGUGCUCAUUGACCCUUCCUCCGACAGAAAACAGCAGGAGUUCCCUUGGCUCACACGCGCCAACUUGUAGACUGAAAGGAGGAUCCUCCUCCUCUGUCCAGAACAGCAGUGACUGUUUUCUUAAGCAAUCUCGAAUCUGGGAAAAUAUAUAUAAAAAUAUGUUGUGAUUGUUUCCAUGAAAUAACUAAAUAUUGUGUUAAUUCUUACUACAUGGUAGUAUUAAAAUGAACAAAAUAAUGAAUAGUACAAUAAAAUAUUGUUAAACAUA